GCGGUUGCCAUCGGGGCGGUGGGCCUGUCGUACGCCUCCGUGCCGCUCUACCGCGUCUUUUGUCAAGCCACCGGCUACGGUGGCACCGUGCGCACGCACAAGGGCGGUGCGGACGACGAUGACGGCUACGACCUGCCUGAGGACCCGUCGACGCUGCCGGGCAACCGCACGCUGACGGUGACCUUUGACACGGUGGUCGACCCCCACCUGCCGUGGUCCUUCAAGCCGGCCCAAAACUCAGUCCGCAUCGCCCUCGUUCAGACGAACCACUCGGACGAGCCGAUCGUCGGCGUGGCGACGUACAACGUCGUGCCGAUGCAGUCGGGCCCGUACUUCAACAAGAUCCAGUGCUUUUGCUUUGACGAGCAGCGGCUGCUGCCCGGCGAGACGGUGGACAUGCCCGUCUUCUUCUACGUCGACCCCGACUUCCUCACCGACCGGAGGAUGAAGAACAUCAACACGAUGACCCUCUCGUACACCUUUUGG